UGCUUGCUCUCAUGCUUUUCACUGUAAGAAGAGGAUGAAUGUUUUCACGCGUGAGAGUGUUGAACUCUGUCAUUAUAUCGCAGUUAUCGUUUUUGUGGCGGAUUACUGAUGCUUUCAUUUAUGACCAUGGAACAAAGACGGUGCGAGGGGCGAAGGGCGAGAGGAUAUUUGGUCGGCUGCGUGGUUGCGGUGCUUUUGUGCAGCGCAGCCUCAGCGCAAAUACGAUAUUCAAUCUCUGAGGAGGUUGACGAGGGAACUGUUGUUGGAAAUAUAGCAAAAGAUCUGGGAUUAGAUAAAGCCACACUGAAAGACCGGAAGUAUCGGAUUGUUUCCAGUAAUGCUGAUCCACUUUUCCAUGUAAAUCAAAACGACGGCAUCUUGUAUGUGAGCCGAAAGAUCGACAGAGAAGAGGUGUGUGCGCAGAGCAGUACGUGUUUGAUAAAUCUAAAAACUGUGCUAGAAAAUCCACUGGAGGUUCACUAUGUUGGAGUGGAGGUGCUCGAUAUAAAUGACCAUGCUCCCAGUUUCCCGGAGGAAGAGAAACGAUUGGAAAUUUCUGAGUCUGUGCUGCCCGGAGCGCGAUUUCAGCUAAAAGCCGCACGGGAUUCAGACAGUGGUCAUUACUCCGUACAGCAGUAUAAACUGAGCCAGAAUGAUCACUUCCGUUUGGAAGUUAGGGAUAAAGGAGAAGAUGGUAAAAUACCAAUACUGGUUUUGCAAAAAUCUCUGGACAGAGAAGCAGCGGGGAGUCACUCCUUAGUACUGACGGCGCUGGAUGGAGGGAAACCUCCGAAAUCUGGCGAGAUGAAUAUUCUAGUGAACGUUUUGGAUGUAAAUGAUAACACGCCUCUUUUCUCUCAGGAAACUUACUCUGUGACACUCUCUGAAAAUACUCCAGUCGGCACCACUGUCAUACAAGUGAAUGCAACUGAUUUGGAUGAGGGUCAGAAUGGAGAGGUGUAUUACUCAUUUGGUAACAGUGUGAGUAAUAUGUUAUUUAACCUUUUUGAUAUCAAUUCAUUAACGGGUGAGAUAACCGUCAUCGGUCCUAUAGACUACGAACAAAGGGAGAGGUACGAAAUUGAAAUUCAAGCGUCAGAUAAAGGUCUAGCUCCUCUAACAACAGAAAAAAGUGUGAUCAUCAAGAUAGUUGAUGUGAAUGAUAACGCACCUGAGAUUGAAGUUACCUCAUUUUCAAGCUCCAUUCCUGAAGACUCCAGACCUGGAACUACAGUUGCCCUCAUCAGUGUCAAUGACUUGGACUCUGGUCUCAAUGGGAAAGUUAUUUGCUCCAUAGGUGAGGAUGUUCCAUUUACUUUAUCACCAUCCUUACAAGACAAAAUGUAUUCAUUAGUCACCAAAUCACCUCUGGACAGAGAGAAACAGUCACGUUAUGACUUAACAAUAAGUGCAAAAGAUGCUGGUCAGCCACCAUUAUCAUCAGAAAAGACCAUCAGUGUUGUGGUGUCAGAUGUGAAUGACAACAGUCCAGAGUUUUCACUGAGUCCUUACACUUUCUAUGUCAGUGAGGGGAAUGAGCCAGGAGCCUCAGUGUUUUCUGUUAAAGCUUCUGAUCGCGAUGAGAACGACAAUGCUCUCAUUUCCUAUCAUAUUCUCAGAGGUGGAAGUGAAGAAAAUAAAUUGGCCUCAUUUCUCAACAUAAAUCCAGAUAGUGGACAAAUCACCGCCCUGAAAAGUUUUGACUUUGAGACUCUGAAAACGUUCCAGUUCCAAGUCGUGGCCACAGACUCUGGAACUCCGUCACUGAGCAGCAACGUCACAGUGAACGUGUUCAUUCUGGAUCAGAACGACAACGCUCCAGUCAUCCUGUAUCCAGUCAGCUCCAACGGCUCUGCUGAAGGUGUGGAGGAGAUUCCCCGCAAUGUGAACGCAGGACACUUGGUGACUAAAGUCAGAGCCUAUGACGCUGAUAUAGGAUAUAACGGCUGGUUACUCUUUUCACUGCAGGAAGUCACUGACCACAGUCUCUUUGCUUUGGACCGCUAUACAGGACAGAUCAGAACACUUCGCUCAUUCACAGAGACAGACGAGGCUGAGCACAAACUGCUCAUACUGGUCAAAGACAAUGGGAACGUUUCCCUCUCAGCAACAGCUACUGUGAUUGUCAAAGUGGUGGAGCCCAAAGAGGCUUUUGCAGCCUCUGACGUUAAAAGUGCAGCAAAAGAUGAUGAGGGGAAUGAUGUGACUUUUUAUCUCAUCAUAACUUUGGGCUCAGUUUCAGUCCUUUUCCUCAUCAGUAUCAUCGUGCUGAUUGCAAUGCAGUGCUCCAAAUCAUCCACAGACUAUACUUCUAAAUAUCUACAAGAGACUAAUUAUGACGGGACACUGUGUCACAGCAUCCAGUACAGAUCUGGAGACAAACGCUACAUGUUAGUUGGACCCAGAAUGAGUAUAGGAUCUACUAUAGUCCCUGGUAGUCAUGCCAACACACUGGUCCUCCCUGACAGGAGACGAGCAUCUGGGGAGGUAAGGCAUGCACACAACUGCAAACUGUAAAGUGAUGCAUUGUUUGUUUAUAAAACAUGUCAGGUCUGCUUCAUGUAACAUCCUACACAGCACUACACUGCAUUUGUUGGUUUCAUUGUUUUCCUGUGGCAAUUACGACCUGAAGUCAUUUUUAAGACCAAUAGGUAGACAGGGUAAUCUUGAUUGACUUGAAUAGUGAAAUGGGAUUUUCUUCAUUUGUGAAGUUACAGUAUGCCAGUAUCUUGAUGAACUCUAUCAAAACUUGUCUGUCAUUAUGUGCGGUUUAACUCUUGGGCUAUCAUGGGGACAGUGCUUGCAGUUCUGUUAUAUUCAAGCGAGUAUCUGUUUUUGUCUC